GAGAGCUGUGUCGCUCGUCCUAUGACGCGAAAGGAACCACGACUAUAAGCAUCGGGAGACGGGCAGGGCUGCAGGACGCAGUAUUUGACCCCGUAUAUUGGGAAUUGGGCCGAGAAUGGAAACUGAAAGUGGAAACCAAGAAAAGGCAAUGGAAGAAGAAAGCACUGAAAAGAAAAAGGAAGUAGAAAAAAAGAAAAGAUCUCGAGUUAAACAGGUGCUUGCAGAUAUUGCAAAGCAAGUAGACUUCUGGUUUGGAGAUGCAAAUCUUCACAAGGACCGAUUUCUUCGUGAGCAGAUAGAAAAAUCUAGAGAUGGAUAUGUUGAUAUAUCACUUCUGGUGUCCUUCAACAAAAUGAAGAAAUUAACUACUGAUGGGAAGUUAAUAGCCAGAGCUUUGAAAAGUUCAGCUGUUGUAGAGCUGGAUUUAGAAGGCACCAGAAUCAGAAGGAAAAAGCCCCUGGGUGAAAGACCAAAGGAUGAGGAUGAGCGGACAGUGUAUGUGGAGUUACUUCCUAAAAAUGUUAAUCACAGCUGGAUUGAAAGAGUAUUUGGGAAAUGUGGCAAUGUUGUUUACAUAAGUAUACCACAUUACAAGUCUACUGGAGAUCCAAAGGGAUUUGCCUUUGUGGAAUUUGAAACAAAAGAACAAGCAGCAAAAGCUAUUGAGUUUCUUAACAACCCACCAGAAGAAGCCCCCAGGAAACCUGGCAUAUUUCCUAAGACAGUAAAAAAUAAACCCAUUCCUUCCUUAAGAACAGCUGAAGAAAAGAAAAAGAAAAAGAAGAAAAAAGGCCGAAUGAAGAAAGAAGACAAUGUCCAGAUGAAAGAGUUAAAUAUCGACUCAAGCGAUUUGAGUGUCUGUAAAAUAAAAAGAUCGAGAACCACAUCUGAGAGCUCUGAAGUAGAAACUCCUGAGCCCCAAAAGCAGCCCUCCAAGAAAAAGAAAAAAAGAGAUAAAGUUGAAGUAUCUAGCUUACCUGAAGUCAGAACAGGGAAGAGGAAGAGAAGCAGCUCUGAAGAAGCAGAAGCCCUAACUCCCAGAUCAAAAGUAAAGAAAAUGGCUCAGAAAGACACCCUUCAAAAAGAAGCUUCAAAAGUUUCUAAAGAAAACAGAGAUUUAGAAGUCUCUACUGAAGAGGAAAAGGAUACUGGAGACAUAAAAGAUAGCUCUCUCUUAAAAACAAAAAGGAAACAUAAGAAAAAACAUAAAGAGAGACAUAAAAUGGGAGAAGAGGUUAUACCAUUAAGAGUACUGUCAAAGAGUGAAUGGAUGGAUUUGAAAAAAGAAUAUUUAGCACUGCAAAAAGCUAGCAUGGCUUCUUUGAAAAAAACAAUAUCCCAAAUAAAAUCGGAGUCUGAAAUGGAAACAGACGGUGGGGUACCUCCUAAUUCUGGAACAAAAGAUGAAAAAACCAACAGUAAAGAGUGUCCCCCCCAGGAGAAAGUUAAUACAAAUACAAUGGGACCACAAUUUGUGAGUGGAGUGAUUGUGAAGAUUGUUAGCACUGAGCCUCUACCUGGCAGGAAACAAGUCCGGGAUACUUUGGCGGCCAUCUCAGAAGUUGUUUAUGUAGAUUUGCUAGAAGGAGAUACAGAAUGCCAUGCUAGAUUUAAAACUCCUGAGGAUGCUCAAGCAGUAAUAAGUGCACAUGCGGAAAUUAAAAGGAAACACUGCUGGAAAAUUGAGAUUCUUUCUGGUGAUCACGAACAAAGGUACUGGCAGAAGAUUUUGGUUGAUAGACAGGCCAAACUUAAUCAGCCUCGGGAAAAGAAAAGAGGCACUGAAAAGUUAAUCACCAAAGCAGAAAAGAUUCGACUGGCAAAGACUCAACAAGCAAGUAAACACAUAAGAUUUUCUGAAUAUGAUUAAAAAAAUUUCAGUUCACCUCUCAAUAUUUCACUGAAUACUUAAGCUGUUCUUAAGUUCAUUUGUAUUGUGAUAGUACUGCAUAAUGAAUGUUUUUUUAAAAACCUACAUAUAAUUAAAACAAAUACCUUUGUAACA